UCACCCGCCCCUCCUAUGUCUGUUAAAAAACUUCCGGCUCCUGGGCUUACAAGGUGAACUUCGUCUUAACCGACUCAUCCGCCUUUGCACUAUAGUCUGGCCUCAAUACAAAUUAGAUAAUGAUUCUCAAUGGCCACCCGAGGGGUCUUUACAAUACCAAAUCUUAACCGAUUUGGACAAUUUCUGCCAUCAGCUGGGAAAAUGGGGAGAAAUACCCUACGUCAUGGACUUUUGGAACCGCAGGUCUCGCCCCAACCUAUGUUCCUCCUGCCCCUCUGCACGCGUGCUCCUUGCCCGCCCACAACCCCCCGACGACCCCACCUCACCAACUCCCCCGAUCUCCCACCCGUUAGAGGAUCUGGCCACACCGCCCAUCGGCCCUCGCCCCCCCCCAUACUCCCAACCCCCAGCCAUCCCGCCCUCGCCUCCCAUAUCAUCCCAAACUUGUGCUCAGGCCCCUCCCAUCGAACAGGCCCCAGUAGCCAACUUGCCUCUCCGAGAGGUGGCAGGACCUGAAGGCCUAGUCCGAGUUCACGCCCCCUUCUCCCUCCAAGACUUAUCCGCCACUGAAAAGCGGCUAGGGUCAUUCUCGGCUGACCCCACCCAAUACGUUAAGGAAUUCCAAUACCUCGCCCAAGCCUACAGUCUCACAUGGCAUGACAUCCAUGUGAUCCUCACCUCUACCCUCACCCCUGAGGAGAGGGAGUGCAUCCAGGCCACAGCCAGAGAACAUGCAGACCAAACCCACAUGACUGACCCCACUAUGCCCGUAGGGGCCGAUGCUGUCCCGGCGGCCGACCCCAAUUGGAACUACCAACAUGCGGGCAAUGGUCACCGGUGCUGGGACCAGAUGAUCCGGUGCCUACUAGCAGGCAUGAGGGCAACUUCACACAAAUCAGUAAAUUUUAACAAACUUCAAGAAAUAAUACAGGACCCCCAUGAAAACCCCGCAGCCUUCCUUAGCUGGCUCACAGAGGCACUUACCCAAUAUACCAGACUAGACCCUUCCACCCCCGCCAGGGCCACAGUAUUGGCCACCUAUUUUAUUUCCCAAUCAGACCCCGAUAUGCGAAAAAAAACUAAAAAAGGCCGAAGAUGGUCCUCAGACCCCCAUGGCCGACCUGGUAAAGAUGGCCUUUAAAGUUUUUAAUGGCUGAGAGGAAGCUCAAGAACAACCGCGACAGGCCCGUCUCCAACAAAAGGUACAAUUACAGACCCAAGCCUUGGUAGCUGCCCUGAGGCCAGCCACAAUAAAGCCCUCCAGACCACGGCCCCCUCCGGGGCCUUGCUUUAAAUGUGGCCAAGAAGGCCACUGGUCUCGUCAGUGUCCCCAUCCCAAAAAGCCUACCAGUCCAUGACCAUUGUGCCAGCAAAUGGGCCACUGGAAAUCCGACUGUCCUAACCCAAGGGACGACAGACUCGCAACGCCUCCACGUGGCGAGGCUUCACCCCGACUGGACUCUGCCUUCCAACUGCUGGAGAUGGAGGCUGACGACUGACGAGGCCCAGACUCAGGAACUCCGGUGACCCACGCUGAGCCCAGAGUAAAACUCCAGGAAGCGGGAAGCAGCCAGAUCAGAUCCGUCACCCAUUAUCACCAAUAAGAGGUUGGAAUGUCAGGAUGUCCCUGGAACCACAGUGGAGGGGACGGCCAUCUUGCCAGUGGAAAAUCCCCAACGGUAGGCCCCGAGCAGCGCGCCAGAACGAACUGGAGGUCAAC